AUGUCGGGUGACAUCCUUCGUUCCUUCUCUCAGUCGAGCGCCCCCGGCGUGAAGUCGCCCACACUUGAGAAGAAGGCGUUACAUCUCUCGCACCUGCCCGACAGGACCGACGUCAAGCCGUCGUUUCCGAGGACACCUGGCUCUGUUGACCCGAACAACCCGCCAUGGCCUGCAUUCCGCGGCUACCACACCUACUCGUUCGCGAACGCGACGAUGGGUGUCAGACUGCCGACGAUUUUGUCGAAGGCAAUCCAGGACGCUCUCCUCACGGUGAACGCCUUGUCCUCGGAGGACCUCAUCAAGGACCUCCUGGAAUGCGUUAAACGCAUGGAGCAGCUCAAGGCCGAGCUCGAAGGUAACGGUAUGUUGCGUCCCAUCAAAGACGACGGUGAGGCCGACGUCGCCUUAUGGAACAAGGAAGUUGCCAAGUACUUCUUAGGCAAGGACUUCAUGAACGCCACUUGGUUAUUCGCUGAAGCGUACAAGUAUCGCCGUCUUCGCGAAUGCUUCACUCUCAGCAAGCACUGGGCGGACUACGAUGUUUUCUUCAGGCAGAAGUGUGAUACCUUUUCUCGUUCGAGUGAUGCCGUCUUUGAGUUAUCGAUGCGUUUCGCUGAGCCGUUCCAGCAUGACUUGACCAAGAAGCCGAUGUCUCAGAGCGAGAUGUUGGAAGCCGAAAAGCUCGUUUUUCACGAGUUGACUCAAAUUUGCCUUUGGGGCAAUUCGACCGACCUCUCGCUCUUGAUUAAUAUGACGGAGGAACAAAUAAAGAGCCUGCAAAGUACCGGUGGCGACCACCUCGCUGAGACCGAGAAGAACAUUCUCGGGAAUCACGUCGAGCAGCUCUGGGAUCUCGUCAAAAAGAUGAAGGACAAGACUCGCGGACGCGUUGAUUUUGUUCUUGAUAAUGCCGGGUUUGAGCUGUAUUGCGACUGUGUUUACGCGGACUUCCUCGUGCAGCUCGGUUUUGCCUCCCAAAUCCGCUUCCACGGAAAGCGUUACCCUUGGUUCGUCAGUGAUGUCACCAAGAAGGAUUGGGAGUGGCUGCUGAACACGAUGGUCUAUGGCUACCUCUUCCCCGAGGCUUCGGAGAUCGAGCGUGAGAGCCUCAGGAAGAUGGGUCAGCGCUGGAAGGAAUAUGAGCGCCAGGGUAUCUGGGUUUACGAGCAGCAUCCUUUCUGGUGUACCGGAUACACUUUCUGGGAUCUGCUCAACGAGGCUCCUGAUCUGUUCCUCCACCUGAGCAAGUCCGACCUGGUCAUUUUCAAGGGUGACCUAAACCACCGCAAGUUGACGUACGACUGCGCCGCCCCCGCCCCCACACCGUUUGACCAAGCCAUCGGAUCCAUGGCCUCUGCGGCGGGCGCUCCUCCCGUCUGCUCCAUUCGUACCAUCAAGAGCGAUGUCGUUGUUGGUCUCGGCCCUAACGGCGACGACGUCGCUGCCAAGCUGGACCAGAACGAGGAUGGCUGGAAGAUCAGCGGUAAAUACGCUGUUAUUCUGCUGUCCCAGGGUCGACCUGGUGAGAAGGUUCGCUUCACGUAA